AUGUCAACGACAAGUUCAGUAGAUUGCGAUAGAUUUGAAAUGACCCGACACAAAUAUGAAGAGAAGCUUUCUUCAGAGUUUCAAACACGACAAACUUUCCUCGUUGUGAUCGAGACACUAAUUUGUCUUGUUAUUACGGGAGUAUCAAUACUGGGAAAUGGUCUAGUUUUUGUUGCUGUAUAUAGAAAUCCGCGACUUCGAAAACCCUCUAACUUGUACAUAAUUUCACUGGCUGUUUCGGAUUUGGUAUUAUCUGCUGUUGCAAUGUCGUUUACCUGCGUCUCGGCAAUGGUUGGAAAUUGGAUGUUUGGAGCAGCACUGUGUUGGUUCCAAGCGUCUUUGGCUACCAUGCUCGGGACAACAUCUCUGAUGAACAUGGCUCUUAUUGCAGCCAACAGGUUUUUAAAAGUUGUCUAUCCAAACAUGCAUCGCAAACUGGUGUCGGUUAAAACAAUUUUGAUUUCCAUAGCAUUUGCUUGGUGUUUCACGGGUGCCAUUCCGGUAUCAUUUUACAUCACGAAUGUUCAUAAUGUGUUUCAUCCCGGCCAUAUUGUUUGUUUGUUUGACUUCAGCAGCGCAAGUUACACUCUUAUCGCUCUAAUUGGAGUUUUCGAGGCCUUUAUACCUUACCAAGUCAUCUUUAUCUGUUAUUUUAAGGUGUGGCGUUUUGUUAAAAGGCACACUUCUCAUAUGAGCUCUUCUAACGUAAAUGCCGAAGAUGUUCAUCUCAAUCGUUUGUUGUCGUGCAUUGUUGUCAGCUUUACAAUAUGUUACACUCCAUUUCUAGUGAUUAUUUUGAUCGAAAGUUUUCACGAACAUUUUUCUAUUCCUCGGCAAGUCUACUUCUUCGGCACAGUUAUGGUAGGACUGGGAAGCUGUGUAAACCCAGUUAUUUACGGUAUUUUGAACAAGGAUUUUAGGCAAGAAUUCAACUCCAUAUGUCGAAUACGAAGAAGGGUCGAACCACAGGAAUAAACAUAUGAGCCAAAUUUUGUUCGGAGUUGCAGUCAGUCUGCUAUAUACUUUAUCUCUGUCAAUAACCCCCUGAUCUGAUAAAGCUAAUGCGUUUUUAAUUCAUCACCAAAUGAGAAUAAUAAAAUCUUCGUGGAAAGGAAGAACAAGAGUGAAAAUGAACGUGUCCAAAUUUAUGGGAGUUUGAUGACUGAACACAUAACAACUGUACUUGUGCCACUGAAUUCAGUCAGCUGUACAAAGGGUGUUUAGAAUCGAGUGCUGCACGAAAUCUAAUCAAGUUCAACUGUUUCACAAGUGUCGAUACUGUCUGAAGCUUAAUAGUUAUCUGGCUCUUACACUGAGACUUGAGAGUUUCAACUUGAGAGUUUGAUUCUGAGAAUAAAUGUCAGCUUGUCGUCACUUUUUAGUAUAAUGCCAUCAACAGACUAUGCAAAUGCAAAUCUAAAGUCGUAUCUGCAAGGUAAAUAUUCUGACCAGCCUACAGCAGUAUUAUGACAUGUACUAUGACAUGUUUGAUAUUCGCAAAUAAAGUAUGAUUUUCCGUGAAUGUAGAGAGCUUUUGCUGUUUCAUUUUUGCCUAAGUGAGCACUUAAUAUUUGAGAUCGACAUCAGCAAAAAGUUAUGAAAUGAACUAUGGCCAGUACUAAGUGGACAACGCAGUGCAUCCGAACUUGUACAUUGCGGGGAAUGGCGAAAUGACCGCUUAAUAAAGGUUCCACAGAAUAGUGAUGCUAUAAAAAUACGAACUAAGAGGGCCAUUUCAUCCCAUAACUGACCUCCUGAUAUACAAAGAGUCGCUCAAAAAUACUAUUUAAAUUGAGAGGAGAAAAACAUGGAUAAAAUUUUGCUUCAGAGAUUAUCCUUAGUUUUAUUUGAGGGGUUCCGCUCUAAGUGACCGUCCAAUACAAGCGGGAAACAAUGUUUGGACUCAGUAAUUAAUGACCACGACUGCUUAAUAGAGGAGACCGUUUAAUACGGUGCUGCUUAAUACAGGAUCGACUGUAUUAUUGUGAUUAUUAUCAAUACAAUAAUCAUUAUUGAUAUUAUUACUAUUAUAAUUGUUAUUGUCAUUACUCUUUAUUAUUGUUAUUAUUAUGAUCAUUCUUAUUAGUACUUUAAUCAUAUAAUCCUUGACAAAUGAAUUUCAAUACCGACCCUUCAUGAGGAACGUAGUGAUUAUGCUUAUUUAUUCCAAGUUGCAAUUGAAAUCUUGUGAUUACCCACACUAAUUUACCUAAGAGGAUCUUCGACUUUAAUCAGAUCGUCUUUUCGUCAACAGAAUCAGUUCACCCGAACCACUGAGCUGGAAUAGAACGAGGUCUUUUACCUGUGCUUAACCCUUUAAGUGACCAAAACAGAUUUUCUCCUUACAAUAUCAAUACAAUAUCAACCAGAUAAGUGAUGAGAAUAAAGAUAAAUAUCAAUUUGGGGACAAUUAGUUGAUUCAAUACUAAAUUCUCUGAACUAACAUUAUAAGAAUUGUAUGAUUGACAGUAAGGAGAAUCACAAAUUUGAUCUGGGAGUCCAAGGGUCAAACGAUUUCUCUGAUAAAUUUUUUAAUUGAUGCUGCAUGUUCCUAAACAGCAAGACAACCCAGCAAAAGCUGGGUUGUCUCGUUGUCCAUGUGCAUUUUGUGCACACAACAGAGGGCUAUAAACAUUUUUGGACUUCGACCUCGUUGCCUGACGAAGGCUAGCAGUCGAAACGUCGCGAUCAACACACGAUCGCUUAGCCUGACUCUUUCAUCUUUGGACAAACGAUUGAACGUUCAUUUAUCUAUGCAAAUCAGUAGUCGUUAGGCAAUUAUUGAUUCAGAUUUUUUUUUAAUACUGAGAUGUUCUCUUGCUAAAUCCAUGAAGAUUAUACAGCUUAAGUAGUGUUCAUUACUGCGAAGAUCGCUUUCAUAUUCAUGUCUCUUGGUAGUGUUGUUAUCUUUCUCCCAGCCACACUUUGUCCUGUGUCUUAGUACAUGCAUGGAUUUUGGACCGCGCAACCGUUUAAGCCUUUCUUCAAUUUUUUUCUGCAUCUGAAUGCAGUUUUGAAUCCUUUAUUGAACUUUGGGCUAAACAAAGAUAUACGUAAAGGACUGAGGAAACUGUUGGAAUGUUCCCAGCAGGUGCACUCUGCAUAAAAACCUCAGAGUCAACGACUCAACAACAUUAGAAAAAACAACAACAACAACAACAAGAGCAACAGCCACACCAUGAAGAUCAACAAAAACAUCAACAGCAACGACCACAACAAGGAGAACGAGAACGGUCGAAGAGAUUCAAAGCAUGCAGAGGUAACACUGAAGGCAAUCAAACAGCAUGAUCAAAAGUAAAAACAGAAACGACAGCAGCAUAAAGAAAAGCAACACUGGCAGCGAACUCUAUAACAACAUAAAUGACAACGGGGAGAGACAAGGACUGACGAGGACAGAAACCAAUGAGAGACUAAGGACAUACGGUCUUGGUGAAAAUUUGGGUUCGGCUCAUGUCAACAGUACUUAAUAAGAGAACUGCAGAAUACACUUUUUUUCUUUAAAUUCGUGUUGUAUAACCUUCGAUAUUCCAUAACUUAUAUUAUGGUCUAAUGAGCGAAUGAGAGACCUUCUCACUGAAAUCAAGUAAACAAGGCGAAACCUGCCAGAAAUCGGUCAUUAUUUAAAGACGAAAAUUCGUAGCGCAUGAAGGAUUAGGGUUUGUGAUACCAAAGCGGCAUUUUUGAUAAGUCGUUCAAAGACUGUCUUGGCUAACGAAAUGCAGAUGGGGGAGGAGAGGGAAGGGGGGCUAACCUACGAUUGCCUAACACUCUAGCCAGGUGGAUGUCCGAUACUCCAAGUCGCUUACUGCAUAUCAAAUCACGAGGAGCGACAGCUGUUUUGUAAAUUAGACAUCUUAAAGAAACUAAUGAGGGUGAUUAUGUGGGGAAUAAUCGAAUGCAUUCGUUUUAAUUUGAAAGAAGAAUUUUUAUACUGUAGCAAAUUGAGUACAUAAAAGUGAAUAUAAAAAUAUAAGUAAAAAAAGUACAUAAAAGUAUGUAUAAAAGACGUAUUUUCAAUUUGAGACAUGCUAGAAUAUAACCGGAAUUGAAAAGCCAGGAAUAUUUGCAAUCUUUAAACUAGACUAAUGAUAAAGUUCUUCUUGCAACAUUCGGUUCUGCAAUGUGAACGCACAAACUUUGCAAAUUCCCAAGUGAAUAGUCGAAUUGAGCCUUAAUCAUUGUAAAUGCGGUAUAUAUAUAAGAAUAUAUAUUAGGUUAGUUGAUAUAUAUUAAUGGUAUUAUACUGACAAACUAUAACAUCGUGUAGCACCGUGUAAAACAUGAGUACAGAGUUACUAAGUUAAGUGUCGUGUCUUAAGUUCUCUUCUCUGCACUUUCAGAAUAUCAAGACAACUCAGUGAGUAACAUUUGCGUGAGGAGACAAAUAUUCUCAUGCCGAAAUGGGUUUGUUGUCUUCUCUCGAAUGUAUAAGAAAUCCUCGUUCCACCAAAAAUUCUUCCCACAGACUCAAAAAACGGGUCGAAGAUAGUGCGCACACACAGGCUAAACAGCUUCCCAAGGCACUGCAGCCCAAUGACGUAAGCGCGCAAACAGGGCAUGAUGUACCGGAUGUAAUCAAAACUUAGAAAAGCAAAGUAGAUUCCACACAAGAUGGUAGUAGGUACUCCACAGAUAGCUGUAAUUAUCCUGUAACACCAAUACUUGGUGGCCACGAACGUAUUGAAGCUCGCCCGCCAGACCCUAUCAAUGCUGUGGGAUCCAUCCAGCUCAGCAAAUAAGUCUUGAAAGAAAACUUGUUAGGAGAGAGCGAAAAAAAGUCUGAGUCACUUUUCAUUACAAGUCGUCACUGGUUUUGGUUUUUCAGAAAUUUAUUUCAUUGCUUGUUUCUGGUGGGAAAUUAAACUAAAAAUAGUCAUAUAAAAACUCGCUCAUUUACAACGGGAUACCCGCUCCCAUUUCGUAAAAGUACUGCGCUUUCGAAAUCUAUGCAUUUAAUCACUGAAAAAUACGUUUCAUUUCAGUUGCAUUUCAGGUUACAGAUAAGGAGCCUUUCAAUUGUUCCAGAAAUGAGUGUCACGCCACACGGGUCAAAAGAAUCGCUCUUUAGAGCGGUGAGAGGGUGGAUCAAGUUUAAACCCCUGUAAUCAGUAUACAAGCUGAUCAGCAUUCCUUCAGCCAUGACCCAAUUUAAGUUCAAGUUGAAGAACUAUUUGAUCUUUUAACCAGAGAAUUUAAGAACCUCCACGGGUAUGCACUCAUGACAAAAUUCUUAGCCACAACGGUGUUAAGAAAAGAAAUUGAACAUGGACUUUUAGCCCGUUUGUACCGAAAUUUUCCGCACAAAAGUGACACCAAAUGAACAAUGCCAACACCCCUCUCCUAAAACACUCGCAUGAAAUAGAGGAUCGCUUAAAAUUUUUGUUUAUCAAGGUCUUUGAGGCAAAUAGAGUAAAUUACUUGUAAAAUAUUCCCCCUCUGUACCUUGACGUGGUCGUUCAUUUUGACGGGAUCCCUUUCUGUCUUAUCCCGUUGAUGCCCGUAAUGAAUCGCCGGUAGAACAUCUUGAGUGAACGAUGGUUUAGUUCGUUCAAUGAAAGCAUUCAGUUUUUUUUCCUUUAUAUCGCGGACGGCUCACUGUCGGUCAAAUUUCAUAUUGCCCAAACUGCUAACAUGGCAGGUUUUUGCUCGUUGCAUGGCUAAUAUGAUUUGUGAUUCAUAACUAAUGAAACAAGUGAAGGCCGGUUCACGGGAAGCAAAUAACCUGCGGCUGCGCUCGAAAGAUUAUAAAUUCUAUAUAAGAUACAGGAAAUCGACGCGACUGUGAGACAGUAAGUGGUAAUUGAAGGUGGCUAGAAAUUAGUUGACGAUCUGACGGAUGACUCCAGACAUUAACCGCUUAAGACCUUUCGACAUCACUCCGCAGAAUUUGUUGUCAUGAUUCUUAAUUUAUGAUUAAAAUUGGCUUCGGGUGAGGAAGACUUUUUAAUUAUAAGUAAAUUCCCCCGCAACUCUUUGUUUAAAGAUAAUGACUUUCUUACUUCUUUCGCAGACCAAGUUAUAAACUGACGUCACACGGGGAUAUUAACAAUCGCGCAUCAUCUGAUACCAGUAGGCAAUAUUAUUUCUUUUUACUGACCUCUAAUAGCUCUACCUUUUGACUGAUUAACGACCCUAUGUUUUGAUAGAAAAAUGUUUCGCUUAUACCCACAUCCAUUGAUUGAAAAAACAUACACAAUCCUUUAAGAUAGUUAAGUUGUUUGUGGGGUAAUCACUUUUAAUCGGCUACGACUGUAACAUAGAAGAAAAAAAUGAUUUAUGUUCAGUACUUCGAUUUAUUCGAAAGGAAAAGCCUAUGAUAAGUUAAAUCCAAACAGGGAUGCCUUAACCCAGAAGGCGCCGACAAUGUUGUCUUUUUUUUUUUUUUUUUUUUUUUUUUUUUUCAAUUUCGCUAAACGUAAUUAAAAAAAGUGGAUGCUACUGGGAUAAAUAAAUUGACUUUCUGUUAAAGUACGCCCCCCCGUAAAGGAGCUCACCUGUCAUCAAAGACUACACUUUAUCACCUGCUAAUAGAAAUUAGAAAGAGAAAAGUAGAAUCGAAAAAAGAUAAAAGGCGAUUUCAAUUGAUUUCCUGUUAUCAUCUGUAUCGAACUGAUAUUCUCUCAGCCGAUUCGGAUAAAAACUAACGGUGGUUUGUCAAUAAAGACAAAUGAUUUGUCGUCUAAACAGUUUUUGACCAAUCACGGAUAGCUAUAGAUGUGUGAUAAUUUUGAAUAGGGUGAGUUAUGUCUUGACGUAUUACCAAGUUAUUAAAUACGGGAGAUUGCACCAAAAGUAUUGAGUGUCAACGACAAGUUCAGUGGAUUGCGGUAGACUUGAAAUGACCCGACACGAAUAUGAAGAGAAGCUUUCUUCAGAGUUUCAAACACGACAAACUUUCCUCGUUGUUAUCGAGACACUAAUUUGUCUUGUUAUUACGGGAGUAUCAAUACUGGGAAAUGGUCUAGUUUUUGUUGCUGUAUAUAGAAAUCCACGACUACGAAAACCUUUCAACUUGUACAUAAUUUCACUGGCUGUUUCGGAUUUAAUAUUAUCUGCUGUUGCAAUGCCGUUUACCUGCGUCUCGGCAAUGGUUGGAAAUUGGAUGUUUGGAGCGACACUGUGUUGGUUCCAAGCGUCUUUGGCUACCAUGCUCGGGACAACAUCUCUGAUGAACAUGGCUCUUAUUGCAGCCAACAGGUUUUUAAAAGUUGUCUAUCCAAACAUGCAUCGCAAGCUGGUGUCGGUUCAAACAAUUUUGAUUUCCAUAGCAUUUGCUUGGUGUUUCACGGGUGCCAUACCGGUAUCAUUUUACAUCACGAAUGUUCAUAAUGUGUUUCAUCCCGGCCAUAUUGUUUGUUUGUUUGACUUCAGCAGCGCAAGCUACACUCUUAUCGCUCUAAUUGGAGUUUUCGAGGCCUUUAUUCCUUACCAAGUCAUCUUUAUUUGUUAUUUUAAGGUGUGGCGUUUUGUUAAAAGGCACACUUCUCAUAUGAGCUCUUCUAACGUAAAUGCCGAAGAUGUUCAUCUCAAUCGUUUGUUGUCGUGCAUUGUUGUCAGCUUCACAAUAUGUUACACUCCAUUUCUAGUGAUUAUUUUGAUCGAAAGUUUUCACGAACAUUCUCCUAUUCCUCGGCAAGUCUACUUUUUCGGCUCAGUUACGGUAGGACUGGGAAGUUGUUUAAACCCAGUUAUUUACGGUAUUUUGAACAAGGAUUUUAGGCAAGAAUUCAACUCCAUAUGUCGAAUACGAAGAAGGGUCGAACCACGGGAAUAA